AAAAUCAGAGUGUCUCUCCCUUUAACAAGAGGACCAAGUGCCUUUGUACCAGAGAAGGAAGUUAUGCAAGCCAAUAGUUUGAAUGAACGUAUGCAUCUGCUUGUGGAAGAAUAUUCUACAUCUGGUCGCCUAGACAACAUCACUCAGGUCAUGAGUUUACACAUUCAGUACCUGGAGUCUUUUCUCCGCAGUCAAUUUUAUAUGUUGCGCGUGGACGGUCCUCUUCCUUUGCCCUACCGGCACUACAUAGCAAUCAUGGCUGCUGCCAGGCACCAGUGUUCCUAUCUAAUAAAUAUACAUGUGGAAGAGUUCCUGAAGACUGGAGGGAUACCAGGAUGGCUGAAUGGCUUAGAAUACAUUCCUCAAAGGCUGAAAAAUCUGAACGAAAUCAACAAACUGCUUGCACACCGACCUUGGCUGGUUUCCAAAGAGCACAUUCAGAAACUUGUGAAGACAGGGGAAAACAAUUGGUCUCUUCCUGAACUAGUGCAUGCCGUGGUCCUUUUGGCACAUUAUCACUCCCUGGCAAGUUUUGUUUUUGGCAGUGGCAUCAAUCCAGAGAGAGAUUUUGGGACCUCAAACGGCUACCGACUCAUAUCAGUUAACAACUUCUGUGUCUGUGAUCUUGCCAAUGACAACAACAUUGAAAACGCAUCCCUCAAAAGUAACAGCUUUGGGCUCUCCAAUUCAUUAAGCGAGCUGGAAGCCUUGAUGGACAGAAUGAAGAGACUGCAGGAGGACGACGAGGCUUCCCCAGAAGAAAUGGACACACGCUUUGAGAAGGAAAAAUCAGAGAGCCUGCUAGUUGUACAUUUUACUAUCUUUUCCUUUUCUUUCACAGCUUUUGAUGACGAAUUAGUUUCCACGGCUGAUGUUUCCUGCUAUGUUGAAGACCCUGGGUUUGGUUACAAAGAUUUUGCAAGACGGGGGGAAGAUCAUCUUCCGACAUUUCGAGCCCAGGACUAUACUUGGGAAAAUCACGGAUUCUCCCUUGUGAACAGGCUGUAUUCUGAUAUUGGGCACCUCCUGGAUGAGAAAUUUCGGAUGGUCUACAACCUCACCUACAACACCAUGGCCAGCCACGAAGAUGUUGACACCACAAUGUUAAGAAGAGCUUUAUUUAAUUACGUUCACUGUAUGUUUGGCAUCAGAUAUGAUGACUAUGAUUAUGGGGAAGUUAAUCAACUACUUGAACGGAACCUGAAGAUUUACAUUAAGACAGUGGCCUGCUACCCGGAGAGAACUACCAAGCGCAUGUACGACAGCUACUGGCGCCAGUUCAAGCACUCAGAAAAGGUCCAUGUGAAUCUUCUUCUGAUGGAGGCUCGCAUGCAGGCUGAACUGCUCUACGCCUUUCGUGCCAUCACCCGUCACUUGACCUGAUGGGCCCAGUGCAGUCGUACGAGCGAAGCUUCCAAAUAAGACGAGCAGUAAACUGCUGCCCUAUUGGGUGGCAUCAGGCCUAUUGGAUUCCGAGGUUGGAAAGCUGAAGCUGUAUCCUGUAUCUGGCAGCUGUUACCGUGCAAUCAUCCCUCGCUCUUUUCUCUGUCCGUCUGUCUAUUUCUUGAUGCUUAACUUUACUAGCGAUAGCAAACAUAA